GUUCAUUCAAAAUAUUCCUCAAUCCUCAUAAAAUUAGAAUAUCAAAAUGAAUGCCACGCUCUCCCAUGUCCGCGACGUCUGGGAUGCGCAACGUGCCAACAGCCCCAUCUACGCCCUCUUGCUAGACAAUAUCACAAUUACCGACGCCUCGCCGGGGACCAUCCAUGCCAGUUUGCGAGUAGCAAAGAACCACACAAACUCCAAAGGGGGUCUACAUGGCACUCUGACCGCAUGUAUCGUUGACUGGGCGGCGGGAAUGGCCAUUGCAUCGCAGGGCUCUAGUUAUACUGGCGUGAGCACUGAUCUGCAUGUUUCGUAUCUCUCGUCGGCGAAGGAGGAGGAGGUUCUGGAAAUUACAGGACGGGCGAUGAAAGUCGGAGGGACGUUGGCGUACGUUUCAGUGGAGAUUGAGAAGGUGAAGGAGAAUGGUGACCGUGUGGUGGUCGCGACGGGGUUGCAUACGAAGUAUGUACGCAAGAGGGACUGAUAUUUCUGGGUGAAUAUUUUGUGGAAAAUGGGUUAUUAUAAAGGGCAUAUUCAUGUAAUAUAAUAUUGCUAUGUCUAUGAUAUCUGAAGAUGCGAAGAAAAGCG